AUGAUCAUUGAUCCUCAAUCCUCAAGCUCACCCCCUCCAUUUUACUCUGAUUCCAAGAAAUCAGGCUAUGGGGACGAUGAGAAGAAUGCACGGGGUAGCGUGGCUGGUCCAGACUACUCAAGCUCAUCACUAGCUCCCACCAAGGACAAGGACGACCAUGCGGCGCAAUCGCUGAGCUUCCAGCACCCUUACGAGGACACGUCGUACUCGAGCGCGCACCCAAGACAGCCGUCGUAUUAUGACCAGCCCGAUUCUUACCUGAAUAAGAGUAAUGAUUCAGACCAGUCACUAGUAAAGAAUGCUGGCCCUGCUGGCCGUACAAGUCGCUACGAGGACCUAGAAGUGGCCGAUCCUCAUGGAGAUCCGUACGACUCGAGUCGGGCUCUACCUGUGGGAGAAAAGCCCGGCGCCAUUGCGAAAUUCUUCAACGGUGGUAGAUACCCUCUGGAGCAGCGAAUAGAGGACAAGAAGCGGGGCAUAGGUCGUCAAAGAUAUCCGUUUGUCGUAUGGGCGCUCACCGCUGCUAUGACCGGUGUGUUCAUCUACGAGCUAGUUCUAAAUAACCGAGAACAAGGGACGCCACUGUCAUUCAAACCGGUUGUAAAUCCUAUGCUGGGUCCUUCCUCAAGUGCACUGGUCAACCUUGGGGCCCGCUUCCCACCGUGUAUGAAGCUCGUUGCUGAGAUUCCUCCAAACACCCAGAUGGCAUGUAUGAACAAUACUGCCAACCCGCCGGACCGCUUCUGUACCGUUGAGACAAUAUGUGGCUUUGGAGGUUUUGGUGGAAAGGAACCGAAUCAAUGGUUUAGAUUCAUAACGCCUAUCUUCCUGCAUGCUGGAAUUAUACAUCUACUGCUCAAUAUGUUGGCCCAGCUCACGCUCUCUGCUCAGAUUGAGAGAGAGAUGGGUUCAGGUGGCUUCUUCCUGACGUACUUCGCCGCUGGUAUCUUUGGUAAUGUCCUUGGUGGUAACUUUGCCUUGGUCGGUAUACCAUCGGUGGGAGCCAGUGGUGCGGUCUUUGGCACUAUUGCGGUGACUUGGGUCGAUCUAUUCGCGCAUUGGAGGUAUCAUUACAGACCCGUUCGUAAGCUCGUCUUCAUGACCAUCGAACUUGCCAUCGGUGUCGCAAUUGGAUACAUUCCAUCGCAUUUGGGCGGCUUCCUCGUCGGCAUACUAGUUGGCACAUUCUUCUACCCAGUUAUCAGCGCGACGCGGCGGCAUAAGCUUAUAAUGUGGAUCUUCCGUUUGGCUGCCCUGCCGAUCGCCAUCGUUCUGUUCGUCGUGCUGACCCGCAACUUCUACACGUCGGAUCCCUAUGCUGCUUGUGCGGGCUGUCGAUUCCUCUCCUGCUUCCCGACCAACGCGAAUAAUCACUGCAAAGGAACUGGCCUCACAACGGUGCCGGCAUAA